AUGUCCUUGUCUGUGGCUAGCCGCCGUCGCUAUCAGACGACAACGGCGACUGGGUCAACGUCUACGGCUGCCUUGCCCGUGCGCAAGCAGCACUCGCUCAUCGAACCGCCCAGCCACGGCCACGCCCACAGCAGCGUGGGCAGAUAUUCGGCUCAGCAGCGUGGCUACUUGUCGCGCGGACUCUCCGUUGGCCGCUCCAUAGAGAACAUACGCCAGAAGCUGUACGCGCCCAGCCGCCAGAGCUCGCUGGCCAUUGACGAGUCCGCGGCUCGGCUAGGGCCCACGCCGGCAGAGCUGAGCGCUCGACUGCGCGACAAAACUGGCCUCAUGGUCUGGGCAGCCACAGCCUCCUCCUCCUCGCAGAAGCAGCCACUGCCACAGCAGCAGCAGCAGCAGGAAGCUCAAGUACAACAGCCCAAAGGCAGAAUAAACGCCAAGGCGGACAAGAAUCGUAUCAAUCUGAAUAUUGUGUUGGCUCAGACCAUACGCGCCACCAACGAGCAGGAGACGCUGCACAGCGACAUCGACAGCGCCACGGAGUGCACAGCAGCAGCUGCAGCAGCCACAUCAGCUGCCAAGCCUGAGGAGAACGUCAGCUCGGCGCUGACCGUGCAACGGCGUCCGCCCUUGGUGCGUGCCAUGUCCGCUCCGGUGCGUCUGGAUGAGAGCAGCAAAGGCGUCAUAGCCGCAGCCAGCAAACGCAGCCAGCAGCAGCAGAAGCUGCGCCGCCGCAAGAUCUUCUCGCGUGCCACCUCCUCGGUGGCAGGGGCCGUGCCACCGGAUGGCAGCUCGCUGCUUAGCUCCGAUGCCAGCGGCUCGAGCCAGAAGAAGUCGCUGAGCCGCGCGCGCAGCGUCAUCGCGCCCGAUGUCAUUACGCUCGUCUCGCUGCUCAGCUCCGAGGGCAGCGACUCGGAGCGUGAGGAGAACUCUGCCACGCCCACAGGCGGCGAGAAACUGACGACGGCGACAGCGCAGCGCAGCCCACUGCGCCGUGCGCCGCUGCUGCGCAAAACGGGCAAAUCGGUCUCGUUUCAAGACAGCUAUCCGCCCACGUUUCAACUGGCCUCCAAGGAGUACUCGCACAUGAUCAGGCGCGGCUCGAUAGCGCCGCUGGCUGCGCGCAUUCGGGCCAAUCGGCCGCCGACAGCACCGCCCGUCUCCAUAUUCCUCAGCGAGUCGGGCAGUCCGAUGGAGUCCAGGCAGCAGGAGCUGGCCGACUCAGCUGGCGCGCCCUCGGAGGAGGCCAAGAAGGAGAACAAUGCGGCCAACUGCAAUGUGCAGCAGCAGCAGCAGCAGCAGCCGGAAUACAAUUUCCCCUUGUACGUGUGCAGCAUCAAGGAGCGAGAGUGCUGGAAGCUGCACCAGAAGAUGUGCGCCAAGGGCGUCAGUGUUAGCUACGACACCGUGCUGCGUGGCAUGCUGACGCCGACGGAGUUUCGGCACUUUCAGAAGCAGCGCGAGCACGAGGAGGCCAAGGCACAGGAGGCGGCCGACGCCGAGGCGCAGGCGGCAGCAGCGGCAGCCGACAAGGACCACAAGAAGCCGCCAGCCACCGCCAUCGAGCGGCUCUCCGAGUCUCUGCUGCAGCGGGACUGAGCCCAGCUAGAGGACCAAGCUAUGCAUUUGCCUCUUGAACAGAGAAAUCCAAUUCGAUUGCCCCGCCUCGGGGCAGGCAUCUUCAAGCAGUAGCAGUAGCAGUAGCAGUAGCAGUAGGAGUAGCGCGCACUCGUUGAACCGCAAUGCACCCAGCUGUGGCAGCCUUUCGUAGUUUGUAUCUGUAGCUGAGAGCAAUAAAUUGUAGAGACCGAACCCAGUUCCAAAGAGCAAAUUGAUUUAUUUGAUAAAAACUCGUAUGCAUAGAAAGCAAAUGCUAAAA